GGAAGUGAAAAUCUUCUAUUCUAAUCAUAUUCUAGUUGUUUACAAUUCCCAGUUUUUGGAUUUUCUGAUUGUAACAUGUUAAUGGGUAUAAUUUAAAUUCCAAGAUUUGAGCUUCAAAUCAAUCAAUUAGUACAACAUAGUGGAGAACUAGAAUUGUUUCAUGAACUCUGUUUAUCAAGAACAGAGGAGGUCGAGGCAGAUUUUCUGCAAAUUCAGUAUCAAAAAGAUUAACAAGAAAGAAAGGAAAAAUGACAGUUGAGGAGGUUAAGGCUGUUAAGAGGAAAAACAUAGUUGUCGGGAUCAAAAUCGAUGGCCAUAGCAGAGAGCUUCUGAACUGGGCUCUUGUGAAAGUUGCAGAAACAGGGGAUCAUGUAGUUGCAAUUCAUGUUUGCAGUGAUUCUGAUUCUACUUCCAAAAACAAGCCCUUGCUGGAUGAGUACUUACAAGUUUAUGAAGGACUAUGCAAUGCCAAAAAGGUAGAUCUCACCGGUGAUGUCUUGACGGGUAGUUCAAUCCAAAAGGUUCUAGUGAGAGAGGCUAAAAACCUUGCUGCUGAGUCUCUGAUUGUGGGGAUAAGGAGAGAAUUUCGACUCGGGACUUGCUGGUUUUCAGUUGCUAAAUAUUGCGCGAAACGCCUGCCUCAGACCACCGACAUUCUUGCCAUCUACAAUGGCAAGGUGGUUUACAGAAGGUCUUCCAGUAACAGACUUCCAGGUCGCGAAGGAGAUCCGAAGCCAAGCUUUUACCUUGUUCGAGAUCAAUCACUGACAGAUAACCAGUCUGAAUUUGGUGAUUCUGAGACUUCGGAGACUCCAAGACACAGUCAUGAAGUGAUUUGCAAUUCGAGAAAUGACAGUUUCAAUAGUCCUGUCCAGAAACACAAGAAAUUUCACUCGAGUUCAUUUUCUUUUGUCACGGAGCGUUGUCCGGAGGAGAGGCCAGGUUGGCCUCUGCUCCGCAUAGCCACUGCUCCAGUGACUCAGCCUGCAGCAGUAGCAAAAAAACUGUCUGUAGCGCAAUGGGUAAUGAGCUUACCAAACCGACCUCCACCCAAAUCUCCUCAAUCCAAGGCCGGUUUUAGUUCAAUUGAACUAGAAAAUUCUUUGAUGGUAGAGAAUCUGGACAAGCUCAUCAAAACAAAUUCAUCUGGCCGUAAAUGGCUCAACUACAAUGUCAUUAAAACAUCUACUUCUCAAUUCUCUUCAGAUAAGUUGAUCGGUAAUGGAGGGUAUAAUCGUGUGUACAAGGGGCUUCUUCCAGGUGGGAAGCCGGUGGCGGUGAAGGUGUUGAAGUCUAGCAAAGAGGCAUGGAAGGAUUUCACACAGGAAGUAGAUAUCAUGAGCUCAUUGAAGCAUAAAAACAUCACUCCUCUGCUUGGAAUUUGUGUUGAAGACAAUGAACUAAUCUCUGUUUAUGAUUUCUUGUCUGGAGGAAAUCUAGAGGAAAACCUACAUGGUAAUAGCAAAAAAACAUCUGUAUUGUCCUGGGAAUUGAGAUUCAAACUAGCUGUUGAAAUUGCUGAAGCCCUAAAUUACUUGCACAAUGAAUGUUCUCGGCCGGUCAUUCACAGAGAUGUCAAGUCUUCAAACAUUCUUCUCUCUAAUGAGUUUGAACCGAAGCUAUCUGAUUUUGGGCUAGCAAUAUGGGGACCGUCAGAUUCAUCUUUUCUAACAGACAACGACGUUGUGGGGACUUUUGGGUACCUUGCUCCUGAGUAUUUCAUGUAUGGCAAAGUCAGCGACAAGGUCGAUGUGUACUCUUUUGGAGUGGUUCUUCUUGAAUUGUUAUCGGGAAGGAAAGCGAUCACUUUCGAUGCUGACAAGGGCCAAGAAAGCUUGGUCAUGUGGGCAAAAUUAAAACUAGAGACUGGAAAUCUAAGAAGCACACUGGAUCUGAAUCUAGAAGGAAACAUCGAUGAGACUCAAAUUCAGAGAAUGGGUCUUGCAGCCAGGCUCUGCCUCACAAGAUCAGCUCGGCUUCGUCCUAAAAUGAGCCAGGUACUGGAAAUCUUGAAUGGGAAGACAGACGUUGACGAAUGGUUGAACACGCGGUUUGGAGAUCAAAAUGAAGCAGAAAACCAGGAUAAUACCGAUGAUGAAGUUUAUCCCCAUUUGAAGGCAGAGUCGCAUUUGGGCCUUGCGUUGCUCGAUGUGGAAGAGACAACCCCAUCAUUCAACAGUAUGGAGCGAAGCAGCAAAAUGUCCUUGGAAGAAUACUUGAAGGAAAGAUUGAGCAGCUCAUCGAGCUUAGAUUAGCUUUUUUUCUCUUCACUUUUCUUGAAUAUCUUUGGCUAGUUUACAGGACAGUUUUGCUCCCGGAGAUGAGUUUGUAGAAUGUGUAGUUUUUGACCCUGUACAGUCUAAGCAAAACUCUGCACCCAAUUAUAUGAGGUGGUUUGUAGAUGUUUUGGUUUUUUAUUUUUUGAAAAUUGUUUUUAACAUAAGGUUCCAAACUGAAAACAUAAAAAAAAUAGAAAUCCAAAUCCAUCCUUUUCGGGUGUUAUCAGAA